GAAACACCAAGUUGUUGAUUCUGGGAAGAAGAAGAAAAAUAUCCACCAAUUGUUUUUUGACUAUGGCUCUUUCUUCUCCGACCAACCCACAUUUCUUCCAACCUCUUCCUCCCGGUUUCACCAAGCACCUCGACAUUCCUGUGGCGUUCUUUUUGAAGCACUUAGAUAAAAGUAACAAAGGCAAAACGGCGAAGCUGAGAUCAGACACUUCAGAGACGACCUGGAAAGUGAAGCUUGACGGUCGGAGAUUCUCUGACGGUUGGGAAUAUUUCGCCGUCGCUCAUGAUCUCCGAGUUGGUGACAUUGUUGUUUUCAGACACGAAGGAGAGUUAGUGUUCCAUGUCACAGCUUUAGGACCAAGUUUUUGUGAGAUUCAAUAUGGAGAAGAUAGCCAGGAAGAGGACAAAAUGGAGAAGGUUUGUGAUACGACGGAGAAGAUUUCUAGAAAGAAGAAGAGAUCAGAGGCAGAAAUAGAUUCUUCAACAGACCAAUCUUCUUUUGUUAUCGCAGCCACCGCAUCCAAUCUAAGACGUGAUAUAGUGUAUCUUCCGAAAGCCUUUGCAGUGUUAAAUGGUCUGAUGAAGAAAUUUGAGAUUGUUUUAAUGAAUGAAGAAAGAGAAUCGUGGAAGUUAUACUUGACACAAGAGUCAUAUUCAGGCCGGUUUUACAUGAGCAAUGGCUGGAGAAGUUUCUGUGUUGCUAACGGUAAGAAACCUGGAGACAUGUUCACAUUCAAAUUGGUCCAAAAUGAAGCAACACCUGUUCUCAAAUCGUUCCCCUUGAACAAUGAACAUCAGCAUAAACUUGCUGAUACAGAGAAGGUCCCAAAAAAGAAGCGUCAAGAAAUAGAAGCAGAUUCUUCUUUCGUGGCCAUUGUCACGGAUUCAAACAUAAGACGCGAUACAAUGUAUCUUCCAAAAACGUUCGCAGUGUCAAAUGGUCUGAAAAGGAACUUUAAGAUUGAUUUAAUGAACGAGAAGGGAGAAUCAUGGACGAUAGACUUGAGACACGAGCCAUACUCAGGCCGGACUCUUAUCACAGGAGGCUGGAGAAUUUUUUGCGUAGCUAAUGGGAAAAAACCGGGAGACAUGUUCAAUUUCAAAUUAAUCCGAAACUUGGAAACACCUGUCCUUAAGUUGUUCCCUUUGAAUCUGCAGAAACUUGAGCCUAGCAAUGACACAAGGCAAGGUUUAGAAGCUACGGAAAAAGAUUUUCUUGGAGCAGAAACUAACAGUAAAGACUCAAGGCAAGGAAGCUGUUUUAGAGUUAGGGACAACGAUUUUCUUCCUUGUGAAGAACCUACCAUCAAAGAAGAAAAUAUCACAACAAGCGAAAACCGAUUUGUGACAUUAAGACUUACUUCUACUAAACUUGAUCUUCCGUUGGAAUUCACGAAGGGGAAUGGAAUAAAAAAAGCAGAGACAAUACAGAUGAUUGAUAGGUACGGUACAAAAUGGUCGACGUCACUACUCAUGAAUAAGAAGAAAAGAGGAGCAAUGCGUUUAGGAAAGGGUAGCAAAGGCUUCUGUGAAGUUAACGGCGUUAAGAUGGGCGAGUCUUUUGUCUUGGAGUUGCUUUGGGAAGACACAGUUCCGGUUCUUAAGUUCUGUUCCAAAUGUUGAGAACCACAUUAAGAAAGUUUGUUUAGAUAUGUUGUCAACGAUCGCUGCUCAAAGGAACUUCAAUGGAUUUUUGGUUUCUUUCUUUUUUGGUUCAACAAUAAUUUAUAUUACCCAAAUCUUG